AUGACGAAGCAGGAACUUCCCGAUAUUUCCGGUCUGACCACCAGGGCCGUGAGAUCAAUCGAUGAGUUCCAAGUGGACAAGACUGAACAGGCCCGGCAUGAUGCACUCGAAAGUGUUACGCGUCUACUGAGAGCCUUGGAAAGUCCCGCAGAUGCUAUUUACAAGUUAUUCGCUUCGCCUGCCGUUCUUAUGGCUGUUAAGACUGCCAAUGACCUGGGUAUCUUUGAUCUCUUAUCUCAAACGACUUCCUUUGUCACAUGUGAAGAGCUGGCUACUCAGAAGAAUGCAGAUGUUCAACUUGUUGAACGUAUCAUGCGUGUUAUCGUUGCCAAUGGCUUUGCUACCGAAUCGGGUCCUGGUCAAUAUGGACCUACUGAGUGGUCAAUCAAGAUGACGGAGAGAAAAGUGAUUGGAACAAUGGACUCACUCUUCGUCGACUUUUUGCCUAUUAUCCAAAAAACACCAGAGUAUUUCCAAAAGUCCAACUACAGAAAUCCUGGAGACCCCAAGGAUGGGCCAUUUCAACAUGCUUAUAAUACAACCGGUGACUGCUGGGAGUGGUUAGCCAAGAAUCCAGAGGCACUUCGCCGCUUUAAUACCUUCAUGGAAGGAUCUCGGGACGACACCUCUCACUGGGCUGACUGGUUUCCCGUCCAAGAGCAGCUACUGAACGGAGCGUCAGCUGAUCAUCCUCUGCUAGUUGAUGUAGGUGGCGGUCGCGGCCAUGACAUCGCCGGAUUUAAGCAAAAGUUCCCAUGCGGGGCCGGGAGGCUUGUUCUCGAGGAUUUGCCCUCGGUUAUUGAGGACAUUAAAAUCCUCGACAGUGACAUUCAGAGAAUCAAGCAUAGUUUUUUCGAACCUCAACCAAUCAAGGGAGCUCGUGCAUACUACUUCAAGCACAUCAUGCAUGACUGGUCGGAUGAAAACUGCAGCAUAAUUUUGAAGCACAUUACCGCUGUCAUGGAGAGAGGGUUCUCAAAGAUCUUGAUCGAGGAUUACAUCAUUCCCAGUCAGAAUGCCGGGUCAAAGGAAACCAUGACCGAUAUGAUUGUCAUGGUAUGGUGUCCGGGGAUCGAACGGACACGUCAAAGAUGGACUGAACUUCUGGAGUCGGUAGGAUUGAAGAUCAACAAUUUCUGGCUGCCUCAUGGGUCCCACAAGGGAAUCAUCGAAGCCGAACUGCAGUAG